AUGGCUACCACUCAUACACCACAAUCACAGAAGUCUCAGGUACCACCGCCAGAUACACCCCUAGUCCCUCGCCACACCGUACAAUUUGACUAUCCCACGGGGGAUCUGGAGCUAGGUCGCGAGGGUGUUCUUACUGACUUGAGAAGGUAUCUGCAGGUCCCAUUCGUAUCCCUAGCGAAGUAUGUUGGUGCCGUGCCUUCUCAGCAGCUUCUGGAGGAGAUGCGCGAUCACUUAAUCCGGAGCGAGAUUCUCACCAACGACGGCCUGGAAUGGAAGGACUUUCGACCCACGAAAAUGUCCGAAGAGAUGACGUUCAAGCUCGAGGGAAUCAUCUCUGGAAUCUUGGAACAAGUCCCGAAUUGUGCAGUAUCCUACCUAUCGAAUCCGAAGAAAAUGUCCCUCUCAGAGCGUCAUAAUACUUCCCUGCCGGAUGGAUACCUUGUGCGGGCAAACAAUCGAGCUGCACCCAGGAUGCAUUGGUUCGAUAUCGCUGUGCCAUUCGAAUUCAAGAAGGAACAGGAUGCCAAAGCUCUCCGAGACAUAAUCUGGAGCCUUCACAACAUCAUGCGCGAGGACCCCUGUCGUUGGUUUGCCUUCGGUAUCACAAUCGAGGACACGCAAUUGAGACUGUGGCUCGGCAAUCGUGGAUUUCUCGCAGUUACAGAGCCUAUCAACUGCUUCGAGGACAUUGAUCGUGUCAUCCCUCUCUUUCAUGCUCUUGGAUUUGCGUCUGCGUCUACCUCAUUGAAAGGGCUCGGAUGGGACCCCACUGUCGAACGGAUCCGUGUAGAAGAAAAAACGCAAUACAAGUUCACAAUAGGGGACGAAGUGUUCACCACGACACGGGAACUUGCCACCUACGGCGCGGACUCUAUGGUUGGGCGUGGAACUCGCGUGUACGAAGCCACGGACGCUAAAGGGAAGACGGUUGCCAUCAAAGAUUCGUGGAGAGAAAUGGACCGUCAAUUUGAGGGCGAGAUCGUAGAAAAAAUCUUGGCCUCCUGCGAGAAGAAGCUGGGAGCGGAGGAUUUCGCUGAUGCCAAGAAACACUUCAUUGGAGUCCGGCUGUGGAAGGAUGUCACAAUCGACGGUGCCUCGGAUGAGACGGUGAACCCGAUGGCCGGAGAUGAGCAUAACGACACCUGGAAGCGGGAACCCAUCGAACCCAAGCCCAUCCUCUCCGAAAGGACGCAUUUACCUACUACGGGUGACGUGCCCGACAGUGGUAAACUUUCUGCCUUCCUUCCUGCACAAUUAGGCAUUGUUAGGGGAAAGGACUGCAGAAUCCCACAGAGAGUCCACGCGCUCAUCGUUUUUGAUGAUGUUGGAGUCGCUAUCAAGGAUGUGAUCUCUCUAGCCGACAAUCUGAGUUGCUUGUCUGGCGGACUGAAGGCCCUAUCUUAUUUGCAUAAAGCAGGCUGGGUCCAUCGCGAUUUCAGCGUCGGGAACGUGAGUUGGGUCGUCGGUGACAACGGGGGUAUCGGCAAACUGGGUGACUUCGAGUACGCGAAAGAGAUAGAUAUUCCUCACGAUGACGGAACAAUGCAUUUCAUGGCGAUAGAAGUAGAAUAUCAGGAGUACUUUUUCCUCCCUCGAGCUUCCCUUCCACCUGCUUCAUCUCUUGACGCAGACUUCCCGCUCCUCCCUCCAUUCCACAUGAACUUCCUGCAUGACAUCGAAUCUGUAUGGUGGGCAUAUACGUGGAUCUUCUUUUAUCACACGGACACGAUCACGGCGAACUCCAACAAUUCCUUUGAUGUGCAUGCGCAGUGGAGACAAUUCCAGCUGGCGUUCCCUGGUGCGAUUUUUCAGGGAACACGCCUGAACUUCUUCACUCAAAUCCGAGGACUUCAGUGGACCUGCAAAUCUAUCCUUUCAGAUAGAUGCUCUGAUACUCUUCAAGACAGUUAUGAAACGGCAGAGUCUAAAUACCCCUUGCUUGCGCUUGAUGACUCCCUUCUGGAAGAUAUGCAUAGAAAAGCCGCAGGAUAUCUCGAUGAUGCGCAACCGAGUGCUGGUGAUAUCAAACUUGGUCCGCUCCCUGAGCUCCUCGAGCAGAAGAGGCCCCGAGAGGAAGGUGAACCGUCAGAUAAUGCAGGGAAGAGGAUCCGACACGGUUGAUUUUUUUAUUGAUUGUAUGAUAAAGACGAGAAGAUGCUAGCCGAAUAUCUCACAGCUGUCGUGCUUGCCAAUAAUAACGAUUCUUGUAGCUCAA